CCUGAAACGCGGCGUGCGCCACCGUGGACUCAGGGCGCAGGCUGCUGUACUCUGUGUAGUUAAAACAAAUAAAAAUAAGAAGCCCUUUCACGUGAAUUAUUACACCAGUGUUGGCGUUUACGGGCGUAACCGCAGGAGAAAGUCAGCUCUGAAAUCGGACAGGACUCUUUCCUUUUUCCAGCACCGAGAAAUUCGUCUCCAAACUCCCCGCAGACACCGGGAGAUCUGUGCGUGUGUGCAGCGAGUCCUGGUCAACGCACACGGAGAGACACGAGAGUGGGAGACCAACAGCGUCCAGGAGAACAACUCUCUACUCAGCCUCUGUGGCUGUUUUAUUCUCCUCCAUCUGCGUAAACCCCCCCUCCCCGUAUUUCUUUUCUUUUUCUUUUCUUUUCUUUUCUUAUUUUCUCUGCACGGUGGAUAUGAGACUUCAGGAUGUGAGCGCGCCCUCGCUUCACUGAUGGGAUAUUUAAGUGUCACUGUGAAAGCAGCUACCGCGGACGAUGCGCACACUUGACCUAUAGGAGACAAAAAGAACACCUGAACAAGGAUCUGUAAUGACUUUUUUUGCUGUUUAAAUUUGGCAUUUUUUCUACUAUUUUUGUGUGUUUUUUAAAAAUCUAUUUUUACAGACUCAAAGGAGAAACUUCUGCCCCAGCACAGUUCAGAGGUCACAAUCAGCGGACCGAAGAGGAGGAGGAGGAGGAGGAGGAAGAGAGAGAGGGGGAAACUAUACUUUGUUUUCUCGUGAACAUUUUUUUUUUGGUCAAAGUAAAUUGUUUUAAUGCGUGGACUGACGUGCAGCUGAAGGAAUGAGCUCCGUCUCUGCUGUGUCUUCCCUCCUCUGGUUGAGUGGACGCCAGGACAGAGCAGCUGGGGUGUCCCGUCCACAGGAGGAGGAGGGAGCCCGUCACUGAUGCACACUUGUUUCUUUUGUGCGCACAAACAAAAUCUAGUUCGAGAUAAACCAGCCUCAAAACCAGUCUGAGCUAUUAUUAUUAUUUUUUAUUUUUUAUUUUUUAUUCAUCGAAUUAUCUAAUUGAUACAUUCGAAGUGGGGACCAUAACGGAGGUCACGCUCUGCCGCGUGAAGCGCGGGAGCCCUGUGGUAUUUUUCAUAUCGUAGAGUUCUUCGGCCUCACUUUACUCAUGGAGAUUCACUGUAAACACGACCCGUUUGCGGCAAUGCACAGACAUGGCGGCGUGAACCAGCUCGGAGGUGUGUUUGUAAACGGCAGGCCCCUCCCUGACGUAGUGCGACAGCGCAUAGUAGAGCUAGCCCACCAAGGGGUUCGGCCCUGUGACAUCUCACGCCAGCUACGAGUCAGUCAUGGAUGUGUCAGCAAGAUACUGGGCAGGUACUAUGAAACGGGCAGUAUCCGCCCCGGGGUAAUCGGGGGAUCCAAACCAAAGGUUGCUACACCCAAAGUGGUCGACAAGAUCGCCGAUUACAAACGCCAAAACCCCACCAUGUUUGCCUGGGAGAUCCGGGACAGGCUCUUGGCCGAGAGAGUGUGUGACAAUGACAGCGUCCCCAGUGUCAGCUCCAUCAACAGGAUCAUUCGGACUAAGGUUCAGCAGCCGGGCCAAACGGGCUCAGUGUCGGCUCACAGUUUAGCGACGUCCGUGGCUGCCACACAGGUCUCAGCAGUGACCAACGACUCGGCUGGUUCCUCGUACUCCAUCAGCGGCAUUCUGGGUAUUAGCUCAGCCGCUGAUGUAGGCAAGAGGAAGAGGGACGAAGGUAUGCCAGAGUCACCACUGGCCAAUGGGCAUGGCCACAGUGGGCGGGACUUCCUCAGGAAGCAGAUGAGAGGAGAGCUGUUCUCACCGCAGCAGAUCGAGGUAUUGGACCGCCUGUUUGACAGACAACCAUCCUGUCCAAUCCAGUCCAGCUCUGACCUCUAUGUGAGCCCUGACUCUGGCAAGACGUCAGAUUAUUCAGCCAUGGCCUCACUAGCAGGUGGACUGGACGAGAUGAAGAACAGUUUGGCCAAUCCUGGUUCAGGGGCAGAGUUAGGAGCCAGUGUUUCUGGUCCACAGUCCUAUUCACUUGUGCCAGGUCGAGACAUUGCCAGCACCACUCUACCAGGCUACCCUCCACAUGUUCCUCCCACUGGACAGGGCAGCUACUCCACGCCGUCUCUCACUGGCAUGGUACCUGGUGGAGAUUUUUCUGGAAGUCCAUAUUCCCAUCCUCAGUAUUCCACAUACAAUGAAUCAUGGAGAUUUCCUAACCCCAGUUUAUUAGUCUUUCAACAAGAUUAUGGGUCUCUCCUGGGGACGGAAAUCGGCUGCUCCUCCAGUCUCUUCACCAGCCAGGCAGGACAGAUGCAAGGGUCACCGUACUACUACAGCGCGACAUCACGAGGAACAGGCCCAGCAGCCACUGCAACAGCCUCGGCCUACGACAGACACUGACCCGUCCUACUGAGAAAAACAGGAGGAUGAGGAGAAGUAAAGGGAGGGGGGGAUGGAGGGAUGGAUAGCACCAUCAUCACUCAGUACAAACCAGCCCGACACACACACACACACACACACACACACACG